UGUACAUUGUCUAUUUGUGUUGCGCGACCUAACGAAGCAUUUCCUCGAUAUUCUCAUAACUUGAAAAAUAUAGCGAAAUGUUGUCGGCCCGGAUUCUCACUGUAUUCCUUGGUAUCAUCAGCAGCUCUAUUGCUCUCAUUUCAUAUACCAGCACACUCAUGCGCGAAUCUAUGACGGUUUAUGACACUUCUAUUUUUUCUCUUAAAGAAUUAGACAAUAAUACAGUGUAUUUACAAAUUAAGAAAAAAAUUUUGGAAACUGACAAAUUAUAUUUAAAUAUUGUGCUGGAAAGAUUCGAUGGCGUGAAAUUCCCUAUUCCGGAAGAUCCUAUACGAUUAUGUAAACUCUUGGAGGAAGAAGCAAAACAUGAUAACAUCCUCUCCAAAUUACGAUUUUCACGUGUUUUCAAUAUGGAAGGAAUGCAUUGUCCUAUACCUGCUGGAAAAAGGAAGCUGAUGCCAUAUUUUUUUCCGCAGUAUUUCAAGUUGUAUAACGAUAUUGGUUGCGGAUUAUUUAGAUGCAAAGUAAUUAUAGAAUUAUGCGACGAAGAAACGUUGCAAACCUGCAUGCCACUGAUCUCUGAGGAAAUAAUCGUAGAAAUGCAAGCAGAAUAUUGCUCCAACAUCUUAAUGUAAAAAUUAAUAUUUUUUCAUGGUGUUAAUAAGAGAAAUAAAAAUUGACAAAUUAUUAUACAAUA